UAUUCGAUUCGGAGCAAAAAUCAGAAUUAGUCCAACGGAAUCCCGGAAAGUAGCGAGUGCGAGACACGGGCGGUGUCGCUGUGUAAAAUCAUAAGCAGCGCUGAUUAACCUGUCAAGACGUGGUCUCGUAUCGUUAUUAACGCACUCAAAGGUGUUGCGGCGAACGUUUCGCGGCGGAAGGCAGAAUGGUGAAGCCAGAACAAAUUUUAAUUAUCGAACCGCGGGGUGAACUGCGAUUCAGGGGCCCAUUCACAGAAAUAGCAACCACAUCACAUAUAAAAUUAACUAAUCCAACAAAUCACUAUAUUUAUUUCAAAGUAAAGACAACUGCUCCAAGGAGGUAUUGUGUACGUCCUAAUGCAGGAUGUGUUCGACCAGGAACAUCCAUUCAAAUAAGUGUGACUCUUCAACCAACUGAUUAUGAUCCAGCAGAGAAAAAUAAACAUAAAUUUAUGGUUCAAGCUAUAGUAAAUGAUAAAGCAUGGGAUAGUCUUCCUUUUGAUGUGUGGGAAGGUACAGAUCCAGAAGAGAUAAUGGAAUCUAAAUUAAAAUGUGUAUUUGAAAAUCCUGUAACUAAAGCUACAACUGCUGAAACUGCUUUGACUGCAACAACGACUAAAUCAGAAGCUAAUGCAAGUGAUGGCAAAACUAAAGCAAUUGGUGAUUCUUCAGUUAAGUCAUCACCAAAGGUGGUACCUGGAGACACAGAGGACAAAUUGAUAAAAGCAGCACAAGAAGUUAAUCAGCUUAGGGAAGAAGAAAGCGCUCUUAGGCAGGAAAACCUACAAUUGAAGGAGGAUUUGUUGAAAUUACGAAAUGUCAUUAUGGUUAACGAGGCCAGCUUAGCUAAAACACCAGCUACGAAACUUGCCUCACACAGCAUUAGCGAACAAUCAACAAAUGUUAUCAGCAUCCUCGUUGCUGUUGUCAUGGUCAUACUAGGAUUUGUGCUGGGAAAAAUGAUCUGAGCAACCAUUACUAUACCGCAUAAUUUGGCACAUCCCCUCUUCCCCUGUGUUUCUUAGCCUGCCCCCCUGCUACCAUAUACCAUGUACUGAUCGCCAAAGGUCGAAACCAGUCAUCGUAUUACACGGUUGUUCAUAAUAAAUACUAUAAACAUGAACGGGUAGUGGUUUACAAUAAUAGAGUUAUUCGCUGCAGGAGUGUGCUUAUAUUUUGGUAAAGCGAUCGAAUUCGAAAUCCUUUUUUAAGAAAUAAAGUCUAUGCUCAAAUGGCACUGGAAUGGCAGUGGAGUAUAGGUGCAGAAAAAUCCACGAUAAAUUUUAUUAUUGU